AGCAGUAGUGUGCCGUGGACCACCGCACUGGCAUACCGUGGGCUCGUUACGAUCCACUUCGGUACUUCUAUCUGAUACCCCGUCAUCGUCGUAUCAUCAUAUCCACGAGAGUGCUAGUGCAGUGAAGACCUUUACCGUACGAGACGAUAUCGAGACCGAGUGAGGGAUCAAUUUGAUCUCUAUUCUCUUAUUUAUUCCCCUUUGAAGGGACUCGGACCAUUGGCGAUUAUAACGAGAAAUAAUAAUAAAUAUUAUUCGUCGAGAGUAUUCGUUUUUUACGAUUUCAUCCUUUUUUAUUGGAUUUCGUUACUUCAUGCUGAUGUUACGAGUGACAUUAUCAACGAAGACAAGUGGCGUUCGACAGGAAUUCGAUAAACACACGUCGUCCGAUUUUUCUUCUUUUGUUUUUCUUGUUUUUUUCUAUCUUCAUUCUCGCCAUGAAAAUUCAUUAACGAAGGUGGAAAGUGACGAGACACCACGGAAGAGAAUUGACUCGCUCUAGGUGCACAUUUUCAAGUCGCGUGCCCGUUUUUAUCCGUACACGUUGAAAAGUAUCAUCUCAACACCGUUAUAUCUCCGUAGUACUGAAAUAAAAAUAUAAAAAAAAAACGAUCAACACGUUUCGUUGGUGGCUGAGAAUUCUGGUAGUAACCGAUGGCACUCGUGGCGCUUUACGAGCCUCGUCUAAACAUCGGUUUAUUGCGCCGUUAAAGCCUUUAACGAUCGUCAUCGCUGACAAGCAAGGAUUGGAAGGACCACUCGAGGUGUCUUCACGAGCAGUGGUCCACAAGCGUGUGGCGAACUGAGCUCAGUCCCAAACGAGGAUUCGGCAAAGACUAGAAUAAGAGGAAAAGUGUGGGGAAGGGAGAAAGUGCAAAGGUGUGUGGAAGGAGAGAGAGAGAGAGAGAGAGAACUCGGGUCAGUCCUCAAAAAAGGAGGAAGGGGACCGGCAGAAGAGAGAAAGAGGGAGGGAGUGAGACAGUGAGAAAGAGGUUGGGCCAUAAAGUUAGUCCGGCGUGAUGAGUUGCCUUGAGAGAACGAGUCAGGAUCUUAAGGCCUAUUGACACUGAAAAGUAUCCCCUUUGAGUGUGCGGGGACACAACCGCAAGGAUCAUCGGGUCACCGGUGAUUUUAAGAAGCUUGUAAAACCGAAAAUUCUCACAUACUCGAGAGGAUUGUCCGAGACUCGGGUUGAGUUUGCAGAAGAUUGGACGUCAUCGUUCAUAUAAAACUGGCAAAAAAUAGCAAUUGAAAAAGACAAACGUUCGGUGGGAAAAGGUGUUGCGUGCAGCGGAGUGAGAAAGAGUUCGGCAAGGACAGUGGUGGGGUCCCGGAGCCGCAGAAACACGCGGUAGCCCCAGCGAAAAAAUCGAACGUCAUACGCUCCGAGGUUAUUCCGUUGACUGAAUCCAGUGACGAGUAUAAUCGUGAUUUCGAAAAGCAGGGGAAGAAAAAACUAAUGCGAAAUUAAGGGUCACACAAAUAUCGAAUUGUUUUGUUCAUAGCGAGUGCCGUGAGUGCAAAGUGUUUCCAAGAUACCCGGAAUAACGAUGAACUCGUACUUUGAGCAGGGCGCGGGUGGCUUCUACGGAAGCCACCAUCACCAGACGAGUGCAGCAGGACAACACCACGACCCAGCGACAGCAGCGGCUUAUCGAAGCUUCCCCCUGGGUCUGGGUAUGUCGCCGUACGCAUCGACUCAGCACCACCAUCACACGUCGAGCAGUCUCGGUAUCCAUCCUGGCGGUGGGACGAACACGAGACCACCUCAGGACUCACCGUACGACGCGAGUGUAGCGACAGCCUGUAAAUUGUAUUCGUCAACGCCAGAAGCAACGGGACACACGACCUCGUCGUACUCGAGCAAUGCGAGCAAAGAUUGCAAGCAGCAAGAGCAAGCAGCGGCGGCCGCUGCGGCCGCGGCGGUCCAUCAGAAUGGUUACGCGGCUGUCAUGGCAGCGGCCAAGGACGUUUGGCAAAGCGCUAGUUCGGCACCCAACGGACAGAGCAAUCCGGUGGUGAGACCAUCGGCGUGUACACCCGAGGGCACGAGAGUCGGUAGCUACGGGGGCCUCGUGGGCGGUGAUCCAGCUUCGAGUCCCGGCAACAACGGCUCCUCGAGGUCCCUCACGUCCUCGUGGAACACCUGCAGCCUCAACUCGAGCGCGAGCCAACCGGUCGCAACUCAGCUACACCAACAACCCACCGCGAACCAUACGUUCUACCCUUGGAUGGCCAUUGCAGGUAAGGAUGAUAUCCCUAAGCCGCAUUGGACAUGGUUGCAAGGUGCGAAUGGCCUCCGCAGACGAGGUCGACAAACGUACACGCGUUAUCAGACCCUCGAGCUCGAGAAGGAAUUUCACACGAAUCACUACCUCACGAGGCGGAGGCGAAUCGAAAUGGCGCAUGCGCUAUGCCUCACCGAGAGACAGAUAAAAAUAUGGUUCCAGAAUCGACGGAUGAAGCUGAAGAAGGAGAUACAAGCUAUCAAGGAAUUGAACGAGCAGGAGAAACAGGCACAGGCACAAAAAGCUGCAGCGGCGGCGGCGGCCGCGGCGGCGCAUCAACAACAAGGGGGAGGUGGGGGCCCUGACGGGGGUAACUAGGGGUACGCCCUGCACCGGAGCCCCCCUGACCAUCCGAACGCCAAUCCACACCACCCUCUUCUAGCACCGCAAUGUACACAGCUAUACUAAGGUGAGUGGCAGGCUGCUCCAAGCGUCUCUUGUAAUGCCAAAUAGAUGUCGAUGUGCGUGCCGUCCGUCCGUGCGAGAUGAUAGUCAUGUAUAUCUGUAUAUCCGGUUGCGGCGAAUGGAUGCUGCACCCGGUGAGUGACCAACACAAGCUCUCCCACCCCUCUCCCCCUUCUGGAUUCUCCUGUAGUUGAACAUGCCACCUGCAAUAGGAUUAAAAUACGACACAUACAUGCGCAGACAAACCAGCCGUGGUCGUGUUCGAUUAUACGCGAUUUCAAUAAUAAAAAGAAGGAAUAAACACGAGCACAAACGAAAUAUGGGGAGCGAUCUCCGGUUUAAUCCCGACUUCGGGCAAACAGGAAAAAAGAUGAGAACAAAAAACAACUGGUACAACAUUGUUUAUCAAAUUUUUCUAAUGAAUACGGUGGUGCAUCGGCAUCCAUAUAGUUGAAGGAAAGGAGGAGGUAAAAAGAAAGAAUGAAAGAAAAAAAGAAACAUUAUAGAUUAAAUUAUCGUCCAGUAGACUGGAAAUUUUUACGACGCGAUAUAUAUUUCAUAAGAUUUCGAAAUAAAAAUAAUAUACGUGAUUCGCCAUCGAAAAUUGUGGGACCGUGCAAACGUUUAUUCGAGUGAGCGGAGUUUUAAUUUAAAAAUAAUAAUGAUUAUUCAUGAAAGAAGAACAAUCGUUCCGGGGUUGGACUUGAAUGAAAGACAAGUGAAAAAGUGUCAAUCGGCUGCGCGUCGAUGCAGUAUAUACAUAUAUAAAUAAAUAAAUACGUAAUAAGUAUAACAAUACUGAACGAUGAUGAUAAACGAGAUACGUAAUUAAAUUAAUUUAAACAAAAUGAAGGCUACGAAGUAAAGAUUAAGUAAUUAGGAAUUUAUUAGCUGUACGUUUUUUCGUAUAGGAGUUUAAAUGGCGAAGUAAAACGGAACAAAAAGAAAACGAAAAAAAAAAAUACGACAAAAAACAUUAUUGCGCGCGAGUUUAGUCCGCGAGUGGAUUUGAUCCCGGUGAAAUGAAAAAUAUUUUCUAGCGGAUCGGUGUACAAAGUCAUCGAGAUCUUGAUUUUAUUUCUAUCGAUUCAUGUUAUCAUUAUUUUUAUUAUUCUUAUUAUUAUUUUAUUAUUCUCAUUACUAUGAUUAUUAUUGAGAUAAGUACUACUAUUAAUUAUUAUUGGUCCACUUGGAAGCAGUAAAACUUGCAACUCGCCCAGCGCAUGCGUUUUGACGAAUCCGCUGUGCCCCCAACGACUGCUGUUGAUGUUAUGUAUUUUUGUUAUAUCUUUUUUUUUUUAUUUUUGAUUUUUUACAUAAAAUAUAUACAAUGCUGACGAUCGCAGUAAACGAGCUUUCGCCUCACUACGAUUUACUAAUUUUCAUCGGUGUCGUAUUAGUGAUGACGUUGCAAAUAAUCAUCGACACAAUUCAGAGGAGGAUGAAAAAAAUCAAGAGCAGUAGAAGCGAAUGGCGAAAAUGUGUUUUUUCUCGCGAUCGUAGCAAGAUAUUAUAUGACUGUACGUGUAUACGGCUCAGUAUGCACGUACGUAUAUCGAUGUUCGACAUUUUUGUUAUUACUAUUAUUAUUAUGAUUAUCAUUAUUAAUAUUAUUAUUAUUAUUAUUAUUAUUAAUAAUAUUAUUGCCGUGUAUAAAGGAAAGAAAAAAUCAGCAUGAAUUCGAAAAAAUUUGCUCGUUCGAGAGUUAAUUACUUUUCCUUGGAGUUAAAUACGAAUACGGAUAUAAAUAUAUAAAUAAACGACCGAAUGAGUGACCUAUAUGUAUAUGAAAUAUUUAGGAAAGUUUCGACGAUCUCGUACUCGAUAAAAAACAAAACGUAAAAUUGGGUUGUAAAGGAUUUAAAAAUAAAUCAUUAUUCUGCAAAUAAAUCAGGAAGUGAAAGAAAAAAACAGGUGUAUCCGUACUUGCGUGGUACUCGUCAUACCCAGAAUUCCGAAGGAACAUUGAAAAAUCGAGUCAAUGAAAAAUGACUAUUGGGAAAAUUAAAAAAAUAAAAUAAAAUAAAGAAAAAAAAACAUAAGAAACACAUUUGAGUAGAGACGAGGAUCAACGAAUCGUGGCGAUACUCUAUUAGUAAUUUUAUUCUAGUUAACGAUUGUAUACGAGUAGCCCCUAAGUGACACUGCGCAAGGAAUCGUAUGAAAGGGAUUGUUAUUUUAUUUAAUUUGAUAUUAGAAAUCCAGGCAAAAGUGAAAAUAAAAUAUUUGCGGGUGAGAGGAGGAGAGCCGAGAUAGAGAGACGAAGGCAGCAGUUAGUUGAAAAGAAAAGGGGAUGAAAAAUCACGCAGUAUUUCUAAGAGGACUGUAACGUUAAUCAUUAUUUAUUUUGUCGAUCUCCGAAAGAGCCCUUUGAUCGCUCCGCUGUACUAUACGUAAUUAAAUUUAGGUGACUAAAAUGAAUGAAAAAAACAAAAAACAGAAUAAAAAAUAAGAAAAACUUAAAAGUUAUAACAAAAGAUGAAAACGAGAAUAAUCAACGACACACGCUUUAGGAGUGCGACGUUGCGGAACUACAAUUAAUUUAGAAAAAAAUGCCUGGUAGCUGUGUUUCGUGUGGACGUGUAUAACGUGCGAUGACGAUGAAAUGAAGAAAACGUAAAUAAAUAAAAAUCUAUAUAUAUACGGAAAAACAAAAUUUUUUUUCGAGAGUCGAAAAAAGAUACAAGGAAAAUCCCUCUUAAUUUGUUUUGUAAUAUAUUAUAAUAUUAAUUAUUUACCGACAUGAUCCUGAUGUAUGUAUCCAAAGCGGCCAGGGCCGCACCUGCUUCCUAUUGUCGUAUUGUGUAUGAAAGAAUAAAAAUAAAAUACAAUGAAAAUGAUGAAAAAAACAACAACAAAAACGAAUAAAUAAAAAAAAGUAAAAUAAAUUGCUGUGUGUAUAACCGCAUCGAGAUUAUUAUGACGACGACGAGAGUCCUAAGAGAGUGAUAUAGGAGCGGUUGCCGUUCUGAACGCCAUUACUACUGUUACGCUGAUUAUACAAUUGCUAAAAAAAAGUGAAAAAAAAAACUGAAAAACCAAUAAAUACAAAUUGAACUCGACAUAUAAAA